GAUGGUUGACCUUUCACCAUAUAUACCAAAACAUAAAAAAAAACCCAAACCAAAUUCCCAACCAAAAUUUCCCCAAAUUCCCAAUUCCUCCAAGAACCAAUCCCUCAAUGGCAGUAAUGGACACGUUCUACAUCUCCCAUGGAUCCCCAACCUUAAGUAUUGACGAGACCAUUCCCGCCGGACAGUUCCUCCGAUCCUGGAAACAAAACGGGUUCCCCCAGAAACCCAACUCCAUCCUCAUCAUCUCCGGCCACUGGGAAACCUCCGUCCCCACCGUCAACUCCAUCGCCGGCCCACACGACACCAUCUACGACUUCUACGGCUUCCCCAAACCCAUGUACAAGCUCAAGUACCCCGCCCCCGGGUCCCCCCAGCUCGCCUCCCGCGUCAAGGACCUCCUCACCGCCGCCGGGUUCCCCCGCGUCGACGUGGACACCAAGCGCGGCCUCGACCACGGCGCGUGGGUCCCGCUCAUGUUCAUGUACCCUGAGGCGGAUAUUCCGGUGUGCCAGCUGUCCGUCCAGACUAACAGAGACGGGAGCUAUCACUACGAUAUGGGGAAGGCGCUGGCGCCGCUGAGGGAGGAGGGUGUCCUUAUUGUGGGGUCGGGGAGCGCGACGCAUAAUCUAAGGGCGCUGAGGAACACGGACGGGGCGGUGGCGCCGUGGGCGUUGGAGUUUGAUACUUGGCUUAAGGAGGCGUUGACUCAAGGAAGAUAUGAAGACGUGAACCAUUAUGAGGAGAAAGCUCCGCAUGCGAAAACGGCUCAUCCCUGGCCUGACCAUUUCUACCCUCUUCAUGUGGCAAUGGGGGCUGCCGGUGCGAAUUCGAAGGCCAAGCCCAUCCAUGAAAGCUGGCAGCUCGGUACUCUUUCUUAUGCUUCAUACCAGUUUACCAGUUGAUCCAUAUGUGUCGCUGUAAAACGUUGCAUUUUCGAUUUUGUGUGUUGUUAGAAUAAGGUCUUAGGAAUGGCAUUGUCGUUGACACUCUCAGAAAGUCAUUCUCGAUUCUUCCGUGGGUGUUUGGAAGUCAUUCUCAUUGAUGUAUUUGUAAAUUGUAAUAGACCGAGUAUAUGUGAUCAACACAAAGGGAUCAAAGUCCCUUGAAAUUUAUCCA